AUGCAAGGCCAAAUUUUUGGGAUGUUUGUUCAUAUGAUUAGAGCCAAGAAGAUUUUAUUAAUUGGCAAGCUUAAAGGUUACAGUAUCCUUGCUAUUGCAGAAGAAUUGCCAGAUGAUGGCAAAAUCUUUGCAUGUGCAGAAGCACCGUAUCUUGGAGCAAACAGCCAAGAAGCAUUUGAUUAUUCUUCAGAUGGUAAAAAGAUAAGCAUGCGAGUGGGACCAAUGACAGACACUUUGGAGGCAUUACGUGCUGAGGAUGAGCACUUUGAUAUUGUCUUUAUUGAUGCUGAUCAAAGAAACGCUGUUAACUACUACAGCUUUGUCAUGGAUAACCACUUGCUGAGAAUGGAUGGAGUGAUCUGUGUAGAGAAUACACUCAUGAAAGGACAAGUCUACCUGGAGAACAUAUCUGAUGAAAAUGUACUAACUGUCAGAAAAUUAAAUGCAGUGAUUAAUUCAGAUCCUCGUGUUCAGCAGAUAAUUUUACCUGUGAGGAGUGGACUGAGCGUCAUCCGAAGGAGCCGUGCACCUCUAGAUGCAGUGGUUGAAUCCAAGAAAGAAGUGGUUAAGGAUGACGUUUUCUGGGGUUAUAACAAGCGCAGCAUCCUUGACCGGCUGCGCUUGGAUGGAAAGGUGGCCUAUGUCACAGGCGGAGGGCAAGGAAUCGGAAGAGCUUUUGCUCACGCACUGGGAGAAGCUGGUGCUAAAGUAGCUGUUGUGGAUCUAGUCCUCGCAAAGGCAGAAGCAGUGGUGUGUGAGCUCAGCCUCAAAGGGAUUAAAAGCAUUGCCCUCACAGCAGACGUAAGCAAACCUGAGGAUGUGCAAAGGUUUGUGGAUGCAAUCGUAUCUCGCUGGGGCACAGUUCACAUUGCAUGCAACAAUGCAGGAAUCAAUAUGAAUUCUGCAAGCGAAGAUACUUCCCUGGAAGAAUGGGACAAAACUUUUAAUGUUAAUUUACGAGGGUUAUUUUUGUGCUGCCAGGCUGCAGGCCGCAUUAUGCUGAAUCAAGGAUAUGGGAAGAUAAUUAACACAGCAUCUAUGGCAAGUUUAAUAGUCCCACACCCGCAGAAGCAGUUGGCGUACAACACCUCGAAAGCUGGGGUCGUAAAAUUAACACAGACAUUAGGAACCGAGUGGAUUGACAGAGGAGUAAAAGUCAACUGCAUUUCCCCGGGCAUUGUCGACACGCCGCUCAUCCGCUCCAAGGACCUGCAGCCGCUGGUGCGGCGCUGGCUGGCGGACAUUCCCGCUGGGAGACUGGCUCAGGGGACCGACCUGCAGGCUGCUGUCGUCUACCUGGCCUCCGAAGCUUCCGAUUACAUGACGGGCCAUAAUCUGGUCAUUGAGGGUGGCCAGAGCCUGUGGUGAGGGCUGUCCUCUACCUCCCCUCUCAGGAGAUAAGUCACUUUUGGAAAGUGCUUAUUAGAGUUUAGCUUAGUCCUAGUUUUGGCCUGUGUGGCUAAGUGGUCAGCUAAUAUGAAAUGACUCUCUUCUU